AUGGCUAAAUACAGCACCUGUUUAGUUUUACAGCUGCUAUUUAUUUUGGCGUGUGUUUCGUCGUCUUACGCCGGUAAUAACAUGGGACCUGGAUGCAGCUCAUUGUCAGAGAUCCAAAUUAACUAUAAAAACUACUUUGAUAUGUUCCUUGGUGAUAACCCUAUGCUGUUCGGCCUUACGGAAACCGGACUUUUCGUGAAAAUGAUGAGAGAGGCAGCCGAGCUAUGCUGUUCUACUGCAAAGGUAACGUUUCAAAGAAUACAACAAACGCCGAUGGAAAAUAAGGAAAUUGAAGAGUUAGUGUUGGACGCCGUGAAGGCUAACCGCAACAAUCCAAACGACGGCGUUUUACAGUUUUUCUUUCCAGAGUUUGCAUACAAGAAAUUGCUUCAGGUUUACGAUACACAAACGCCGUUUAUACGACUUUCUCGCUCGCCCGGACCUGCGCUGGUUAGGAACAAACCGAAGCCAAAAGAUCCUGUGUUUGUGGGCGAAAUAUUCGUGAAAUCAUGGGCCAUUAUGGUUUUCUUGAUUACCUUUGCUUGGGUAAUUGGCAUUUUGGUGUGGGUCUGUGUAAGUAUCGAAUGGUCUUUUUGUAUCUUGCUUGUUUUUGUAAAUUUUGUUUGAGUUUUCACAGGAAAAAGUCUUGAAAAACUCGUACUAAAAUUACUUUAUUAAAAUAUCAGACAGUUCUGACAACAAUCUCGCUUUGUGCCACUGUACUAGAUAGCGACGAUAAUAUUAUAAAGCCGCAGUAGAUGUGACAGUAUCCAUUGAAUAGCUAUAUAUCUGUUCUCAAAUUUAUUUGAAAUCACUUCAAUUGGUUGUCAGUUCAGAAAUUUGCAAAACAUCGCGUUGUAGUAUUUGUCCAUUGUCAAUUAAUCAUCCCAAUUUGUUUUUGUUUUAGGACCAUCAUGUGAAUCCAAAAGAUUUUCCAAGUCCGUUUUACAUUGGCAUGAUUGAAGGGUUUUGGUGGAGUGUUGUUACUAUGACAACUGUAGGGUGAGUAUAAAACUGUAAAAGCUAAGACAGUAUUUAAAUAUUAUAACAUGAUCCUACAAAUUACAUCACCAAUUGACUGGUAUCUCUUCUAGGUACGGUGACAAGACACCAAAGGGAGCAGUUGGAAGGGUCUUGGCUGUUCUGUGGAUAAUGAUCUCAACAGUUUUCCUGUCUCUGUUCACCGCUAACGCCUCUUCCAUCUUGGCAAUAAGUCAGGCAGAAGAAGAUAUCUCUAGCACACUUGGAAAAACGGUAAUUAUGUAUAUAUUGCUUGUUGACAAGGUCACAGAAUAGGAAGGUAUACCUUCCCGACUUGUUACAAGGUUGUUUCAACAAGCUAAUAUGACCUUGUGUUCACAUUACUUCAAUUUACUUGUUCCCAGCUUAUUGACACGUUUAUUUCACAAUUUUAGAUUGGUUGUUUUAACAGCAAGCACUUCUUUGAUGUUGAACUGAAUCUUGGCGCGCGCUGGGUUGGUAGGUGUUACAACAAAAAUAGUUUAGAAAAAUAGAAUCACAAACAAAUACAAUCACGGCCCAACGUUUCGAUACUCGAGUUUAAUAUUGUUCGUAUUUUAUUUGAGGAUAUGAUAAUUUGAUAAGUAUCAUGGUCUCAAGCCAGACUGGACUGGUCGACCGUAUUGUGUUCCCAAACUACUUGGAUUGGCUUUACUUGAGAACGUUGCCGGAGAACGCUGUGAUGAAGAAAGAAUUUCAACUCACGAACACGCUGGAUCACCCGUUUCAAAUGGGAAUGACUUACGCCGUGGACCCAAAGAACAUGACAGCCUUGGAAGAAAGUUUUCUUAAGUGUCUGAGAAACGAAUUGCCCACGCUUGAAAAGAAGGUAAAAUAGACAGUUUAUUGUAGAAUACUACCUACACUGGACCACCACGUUUGAGAUAACUUCUUCAGGUAGUUCAGACACAAACCACAACAGCUUAUUGUAGAAUACUACCUACACUGGACCACCACGUUUAAGAUAUCUUCUUCAGGUAGUUCAGACACAAACCACGACAGCUUAUUGUAGAAUACUACCUACACUGGACCACCAUGUUUGAAAUAUCUUUUUCAGGUAGUUCAGACACAAACCACAACAGCUUAUUGUAGAAUACUACCUACACUGGACCACAACGUUUGAGAUAUCUUUUCAGGUAGUUCACACCUAUACACUGAACCACCACGUUUGAAUAUUUUUUUUCAGAUAGUUCACAUACAAACCACGACAUGUUAAAUUGUACUUUUCAAUAUAGGAAAUUUCUCAUACAAAAAGGAGUUUAUAAAUAUACGUGCUUUUUCACAAAAACCAAUUAUGGGAAAGAAUACACCAUUAUUUCGAUGAUCAGAUCAUUCAAUCCAAUAAUUAAUACUAUCGAUUGCGUCCUUACUUCUUGUUUAUUCAAGGCACGUCGUGAGACGUUCGACGCGUCCCAAAUCAGUAGUGAUGAGGAAGAGAAAGAAGAAAAAGUACCUUUGGAUAGCGACGCUCUGUUGACGUUGACGUAUUGGUUUUUUGUCAUUAUUGCUUGCUUGAUUGCGGUUGGGCUCUCCUGGGAUCUGUGGAUGUAUUGGAAGGAAAAUAUUCAUGCCCAUCAUGGCUCGGAGCAACAAGGUAUAUUUGCGGUCGCUCUCAUGCCAAUCGACUUACAAUCACUUCUGGCAGUUUAGAUACAAACCACGACAGCUUAUUGUAGAAUACUACCUACACUGAACCACCACGUUUGAGAUAUCUUUUUCAGAUAGUUCACACACAAACCGCAACAGCUUAUUGUAGAAUACUACCUACACUGGACCACCACGUUUGAGAUAUCUUUCUCAGGUAGUUCAGACACAAACCAUGACAGCUUAUUGUAGAAUACUACCUACACUGGACCACCACGUUUGAGAUAUCUUUUUCAGAUAGUUCACACACAAACCACAACAGCUUAUUGUAGAGUACUAGCUACACUAGACCACCACGUUUGAGAUAUCUUCUUCAGGUAGUUCAGACACAAACCACGACAGCUUAGUAGAAUACUACCUACGCUGGACCACCACGUUUGAGAUAUCUUUUUCAGAUAGUUCAGACACAAACCACGGCAGCUUAUUGUAGAAUACUACCUACACUAGACCACCACGUUUGAGAUAUCUUUUUCAGAUAGUUCACACACAAACCACAACAGCUUAUUGUAGAAUACUACCUACACUAGACCACCACGUUUGAGAUAUCUUCUUCAGGUAGUUCGGACACAAACCACGACAGCUUAUUGUAGCAUACUACCUACGCUGGACCACCACGUUUGAGAUAUCUUUCUCAGGUAGUUCAGACACAAACCACGACAGCUUAAUCAGUUGAAAAAAGCAUGUUUAACCUGCCCUAAAUUUAACAGGCGAUAUUGAAAUGGCUGAAGUUUCCAAUACUGAUAUGGAUGGUGGGGUUCAAUCUGGAGGCUUGGACGAAGAUGGUCUCUCAAAUCAACCAGGAUACGCGCCAGAUAUAGAGCCUCAUGAUAUGUAGUUCUGCAUUCAUGCAACAGAGUUGCUACAAUUAGCUUGUUCGCAUUAUUUAUUGUGCGUUUAUAUGAAAACUUAUUGGAAAAUGUUUUAUUCAAAACUAACAAUUAUGAUUUAUUUAUGUACAGAAUUUUUACAUAUUUGUAAUUAUGAGAAUUAGAAAAUUUAUAUCUGUAUAAAAUGUUGAAGAAUUUUUAUAUUAAAAUUUAUAAUUACCCACAAAUUAACAGUUUUCAUUAAUUGUGUUAUAUGAGAAUGAUUGUAUAGUUUGAUGUCAGAGGGAGAAAAUAAUGUUAAUUCUUUACAUUUAUAUAUGGAGGCAAAUAACUAGAUUUAAGGGCUGUUGUUUAAUUCCCUUCCUCCUGUCAAAGCUUCUCAUUGAGACCCAUGCACCAAUAAAGAAAUUUAAUUUGAGACAGUGAUUCAAUCUGUCAUUUGAAAAGGAGGUCAUAUGGGGAGCCACAGCUCUGGAGAAAAUCAAAAAUGUGAAAUAUUUUGAUAAAUCACAGCAGUCCAAAUGGGUAAAAAUGCGUUCAAGAUGGAGAGGGAUGGAUAUUUAUAAAUACUCCUCUAUAAUUCAUGUAUUUCUUUUCUAAACAGCUCCUGUUAAAUGCAUCUUAUAGUUUUCUGGGCAAUAUAUUAAAGCAAGCCUAGAUCGAAAAAAAGCCUGUCUAGUGUUUCUAGUAGGCCUGGAAUAAUUUAUAGUAAAUUUUGGAGAAAAACCGGUUAAGAAAGCAAGAAGGAAAACGCGAAAUAGUUAAAAUACGGUAUAUAAUAUAUAUACGUUUGGAAAAACUAAUUUAUUUUUGGUUUUUGAGCAUCAAAAAGUUAAAUAACGAAUCAGAUUAUAAUAUACGAAAAGGCAGGUGAACUGUUGUGACCGUUAUUUUGUGGAUUUGAAAAACGUCAGCACGUCAUUCAGGAAAACGUCUUCGUGCCUGACUCUCGUACAAGAAGACACGUUUGACUUAAAUUUCAUCAUGUUUUGACGAAAAAACAACAGGUUUUUUCUCUAAAAUGGCAACAAAUACUUGUGCCUGUACAGUCUUGAAGCUACUGGUCAUUUUAACGUUUGUUUCGUCGUCUUAUGGAAAUGCUAUGGGACCUUCAUGCAGUUCAUUGAAAAAAGUUGAAAUUCACCACAAGAAGUACUUUGAUAUCUACCUUGGUUUGCAGUAUCGUACGUAUACAGGGAUUUUUUAUGAUAUGAUAAACAAUGCAGUAAAUCUUUGCUGCUCUACGUCGACAGUUGAAUUUAUCCCCAUCGAGGAAGACGACAAAAGCGUUGAAGAGAUACUGGUGGACACCGUUAAAGUAGAUCGCGGAGGUCCGGAGGACGGCGUUUUGAAGCUAUUCUUUCCCGAGUUUGCUGACAAAACGUCGCUGGAUAUUUACGAUUCAACAACACCAUUUAUACGGCUUUCAAGAUCGCCAGGGCAUGCAGUAGUUAUGGUUAAACCAGACCCAAAAGAACCCGUGUUUGUUGGUGAAAUCAUUGUGAAAUCUUGGGCCAUUUUGAUUUUUCUCAUCACCUUUGCAUGGGUUAUUGGCAUUUUGGCGUGGAUGAGUGUAACUUAUUAUUAAUAUUUAAAUUAAAAAAACACCAAAAGUAUUUCUAUAAAAUUGUUUACGCCUUACCAUAGAGCAAAAGCGAAUAAACUGCAUGCCGCUUUAUCGUUUUUAGAAAGUUAAUUUGUCUUUUGUAACAGCGAAAAUGAUACCGUAGUCUAUAAGCUGUUAUUUUUAAUACAUAUUUUUGAAAAUCAAAUCAUUCAAAUGCUAUUUGAACCAUUGUCAUUGACUCAUUGACGCUCAAAAUAGCCAUAUAUUUUCUAUUUUUCCCCUGUCAAAUCUUUAAGGAUCCCCACUGAUUUUAUAAAUGAAUUAAAAACAUAAUCAUAUAGGCAAACAGUAUUGCUGAAUUUGAUUUAUUUUUUCUUGUACACGUAUUAAAUUCAGGGUUUUGCCAGAGUUUAUGAUAAUUAACAAUUAUUGGAUGAGGUUUUUGUGAUAUGCGGAAUUAUCAAGGUCGAGGUAAGCGUUAUCAGCCGAGCCGAAGGCGAGGCUGAUAACGCUUACCGAGACCUUGAUAAUUUUGCAUAUCGCAAAAACCGAAUUCAAUAAUUGUUUUAUUAUACAUUUGAAGAAUAAUAAACAUAGUAUUUUAAUACUAUAUGAUUCAAUAUGAUUUCUGGCAAAGCUGUUCAGGUAAAACGUUUCUAUAAACAAGUCUCCGGAAGUCCAACAGUUAAAUUAAUUCAUUUGAAAAUUGAAAUGUGCACUCAUUUGAAAUGUACAUGAUGCACUCAUUCAAUUUCACGCAACCUACACAAAAUUCAGUUAUCUGCUAGCAGAUAACUGAGUUAUCUGCUAGCAGAUUAAAUGCAGAUAACUCAAUUUUGUGUAGGUUGCGUGAUUGCGCGAUUUAACUGUAAGCUCUUAGCCAAUCAAAUUGCUUUUACCAAUUACAAUGUAUAAUAAAACAAAUUAUUUGCACUUUUAGGACCAUCGUGUGAAUCCAAAAGAUUUUCCAAAUCCGUUUUACAUUGGCAUGUUUGAAGGAUUUUGGUGGAGUGUUGUUACUAUGACAACUGUAGGGUGAGUAUUAAAUGCAUUUAGUAUAAUUACAUAGGUGAUUAUUGAAAAUUCUCCACGCUGAUUGGCUGCCGUUGAGGUGAUUAUUACGCGAUAAUCACCUAAGCGAUUUUCAAAAUGGCGGCCGAAGCCUUUUUGUCAAUUAAAUGACGAAGAAAUGAGUAUUUUUUAUUUUUUUCUAAAUAAUCACCUAUGAAAUUAUACUAAAACAAUUAUUCACCUCAGGCUCGGUGAUUAUCGUGAAUAAAAACCUCGACUUCGUCUCGGUUUUUAUUCACCGAUAAUCACCUCGCCUUCGGCGAAUAAUUGUUAAUUAAUAUACUGUUGUCAAUGAACUAUGAACCAACUACUUAUAACCAUGACUCAUGAGCAAACUAAUUACUGUUUCACCGUAUAACCAGUAACAAUUGUUCACUAUCUAUACUAUAGCUAUGGUGACAAAGCGCCCAAGGGAAUUAUUGCCCGGAUCUUGGCAGUGUUGUGGAUUAUGAUAUCAACAGUUUUCCUCGCUCUUUUCACCGCUAACGCCACGUCCAUCUUGGCAAUAAGUCAGAAGGAAGAAGAUUACAGUAUCACACUUGGAAAGAGUGUAAUUUUUUUAUGUUUUUUGAUAAUCAUUAAUUCCCUAAGCAUAGCCAUAGGGUAUAGUUCGUUCAAUUCUCAUAGUUCUUUCUGCUAAUUCUGCUAGGUCGGUGUCCUCAACAGCAAGCACUUUGUAGAGGUGGAGUUGAAUCUUGGAUCUGUUGUUGUAGGUAUGGUAAUGAAUGUUGAAAAUUUUUGUCAUAGUUUAGAGCCCUGCGAUUCCGCUUCAGCCUUCAGCGCUCUGACUGACUGAUCAGCGCUAACUAACUGAUCUCGCAUUUGGAUUUGAAAUAUUGCGUCCUUGUAUCCGAGGCUUCGCGCACCGAAUUUGGACUAUAACCCGGAAGGCAGACGAUCACAACGCAUUCUUUUUGGUGAUUUUAGAGUACCACACCACGUUUGAAUGGGCUGUGGCUGCAACAAAAGACAGCGAUGUCGAUCGGUUAAUGUUUCCGAACUAUAUGGAUUUCCUGCUUUUCGUAAAAGAUGAUACGUACAAAGGAUUGUUGAAGAAUGCGUUCGUUCUUACCAAUGCCAUAAAGUAUCCCUUCCAAAUUGGAAUGGCAUUCGCUGCAGAGAACGGCAAUAUGACAGUUGUUGAAGAUCGCUUUCUUCAGUGCAUGAGAUACGAGUUACCUACGUUGGAAAGACAGGUAAAAAUUGAUGGUAAAAACACAGUCGUAAAAAUGCAACUACAUGUCUUGUGAUAAGUCUCCGACUAAGCCCUAUCGUGCAGCCGAUCGUGGUCAACCCGCAGUUAUCAUUCAGAGUGAGAAAAUAAUGUUCAUUCUUUUCAUUAUAUGGAGUAGUCUUGGAUUUGGAGGCGUACCAGCAAAUAGAAGUGAGAGAUUCUUGCUCUGAUAAGUGUCAACAUUUUUGUAGUUGAGCGCCACCGGCUGCCCUGUUACGCUGACUGGAACCUACCAAUAAUUAUCGCAAUCAAACCUCACUCGAUCAAUUAAAAUGGCUAUUAAAAUUCGAUUCAAAUACUGUAUGCAAUUAUAAAUUUCUAAUUGUAGGCGCGGAAAGCCCUUGACUACUCCACGAUCGAAUUCACCGAAAACACCCAAACGAAAGAGCUGAAAACAGCCUUGGACGGUGAUAACCUAUUGUUGAUGAGCUAUUACUUCUUUGGUAUGAUUGGGCUGUUUGUCUGUAUUGGUCUUGGAUGGGAUUUCUGGGUGUAUCGGAAGACUACAUCUGGCGGUGGCUCGACUCAAGGUAUGGAUUUAUGCAGUUGUCGUCGGUGUUAUUUAUACUAGAGACCUGUGAUCCGUCUGGACGAACUUGGUCAAAUAAAAGCUAGUUCGUCUUUACGGAUGAUCCAUCUAGGUGUAGAAAUACGGCAUUAUAUUGCCAUGCAGUAUAGAUUGCGUUAUCAGACUACUCGUUGGAACAGUCAUCAAACAUUUAUCUUGUUAAUCUAGGGUAAUUGAACCAAUAGCGACAUAUAGUCUCUUGUUUCUUUAGCGGGCGAUGCGGAAAUGAGCGAAGGCGCACAUGCUGAAUUUGAUGACGUUGGCCAUGGAUCACGAGCAAGUGACUUGGUCCCAGGUCAUUCUUCACCGAAUAUGGGGUACAAGAUGUCCAUUGCUGAAAGCUACGGUACUUCUCCAGCGUCUCAGAUGUGA